ACUUAACAAAUAUCCCCACACUUUUGUUCACCUUAACCAACCUCCUUCUUCCACCUACUAUUGCGUCUCCUCCCUCUCUCUCUCUCUCUCUCUCGUUUCUACACUGAAAAGCGCUUUUCUAUUUUACACUACUGAACCUUAGACCAAAAGCUCACAUCUAUUAUUUACAUACACACCUAUACACACAACAAGAAGAAGAAUUGAAUUGUGUAAUUGUACGUCGUACCUGGGCGCUCAGAAGCAUGCAAUCUCACACCGCAAUCUCGCAAUCGCCGAGCUUCGACACGUACUCGUCUUCCAACAGACUCGCUCUCAUCGCAGCCAGAGUCGUUCACGAGUUUCAACCUCACGCCGAUCUCGAUGAUUAUUUGUCUAAUCACGAAACGUAUUCUCAUAGUCACCACCCCGAAAAAACCGAACAAUUGGGCGAAAAAAUCGGACAAUUGAACAGAAUUGAUGAUCACGAAGAAAAUGAAGAGGAGGAAGAUGAAGAAUUCGAAUUCGCAUGUGUUGGCAAACAAUUCGAUUCGGCGUCCGAUUGUGAAGGUCAGAUCGGGCCGGCCUAUCCACUCUUCGACACAAAAUUGUUAUCCGACGAGAACUACGUCGAGGUCGAUCGGAAUUCGGAUUCUCCGGCGAAGGAGACGGCGACUGUGUCGUCUUCUCCGGUGAGGCUGCCGUUGGGGAAGCUAUUCAGCGAGGAGCGUGAGCGUGAAUCGCCGUCGUGCUCAUCCUCCGAGGCCGACGAGCUGGACAGAGUUCCGGCGGAAAUGUACUGCGUGUGGAAGCCAAAGACGGCGGAAAAGUCGCCGGAGAAUUGUAAAAAAAGUAACUCAACAGGCUCUUCUAAGAGAUGGAAGUUUCGAGAUCUUCUGAGAAGUAAUAGUGAAGGCAAGGACAGUUUCGUCUUUUUAACUAAUCCGAUUAAAAGAAGAGAUGCAAAUAGUAAAAUUAAGAAGAGUGAGAAAGAUGUGAAAGUCUCCGGCAAAGUGAACGAUGUUUCCGGCGAGGUUCCGGCGACGUUGGCGUUCCGGUUAAGAAACGAGAGAGUGAAGGAAAGUGAUCAACGGCGGACGAUGGUGCCGUACAAGAAGGAUAUUGUGGGGAUGCUUGCCGAUGUGAAUGGGGUGAGCAGAAAUUUACGUCCAUUUUGAGAUUAAUUAUUUAAUUAUGAAUUAGUGUGUGAUUAUUAGUGGCUUUUAUUAGUUUUUUCCCCUUUAAAAGAGGUUUUUAUUAGGUGUCAUAAUGUAGAUGUGAGAUUUUAAUUUUGAUGGAAUUAUGAGUUUAUUAACAAUGGUUGAUGUGUGGGAACAAAUUAAUAUAAGCAUGAGAAAUAUUUUUUAUCA